UUAUUGGAAAUACUUAAGCACGUGUUGCAAUGUUUAAAUGUCCGUAGUUUGAUAGGUUGACUUAUGUUGGUAUUAUUAGUUUCAUGCCGGUAGGCUAUACAAUACUACAUUCCAAAUAAUGAUCUUCUUCAUAUUUUUGUGUGGAAUAUUUUUAACAUUAUUAACAUUCAAAUUAUGGAUUUAUUGUCGCAAAGAAAUGAAGAAUGUAUGCAUCAUUGUUCUUGGAGAUUUGGGAAGAAGUCCACGAAUGCAAUAUCAUGCAUUGUCCUUUGCAAAUGAAGGCUUUGAUGUGGAUUUUAUAGGUUAUGCUGGUUCAUCUCCGUUAAAUGAAAUUCUAAAUAAUUCACAUAUUAAAAUACAUUAUCUUCCACAUUAUCCAGCAUUGGAAAAUAGCUUACCUACUGUUUUGAAUUAUAUUGCAAAGGUGCUAUGGCAAAGUGUUACACUUUUAUUUAUGUUGUUCUCUAAACGCAUAUCAAAUUACAUUUUAAUACAAAAUCCACCCGCCAUACCAACAAUUCCAAUAUGUUGGCUCUUUAGUAUCUUAAGUGAAAGUAAAUUGUUCAUUGACUGGCAUAAUUACGCACAUUCUUUAAUGGCAUUAAGUCUAAAGAAGGAUCACACUGUUGUUAAAAUAGCAAAAUUUAUUGAAACAUAUUUUGGAAGAAAAGCGUGUUAUAAUUUUUGCGUUACUCAAGCUAUGAAAGAGGAUUUAGAAAAGCAAUGGGGAAUCAAAGCACAUGUUUUAUAUGAUCGUUCAGAGAAUAGUUUUAAACCAAUCUCAUUAAAAGAGAAACAUGAAUUUUUGAUUAAAUUAAGUAAAAAAUAUGAUGUUUUUGUUGGAAAAAAUACACAUGCAACAAUUUUUACACAAAAUUUAGGCGAUAAAGUAGAUUUAUUACCUGAAAGACCAGGCUUUAUUAUAUCUAGCACAAGUUGGACAGAAGACGAGGAUUUUUCUAUACUCAUAACUGCUUUGCAAGAAUACGAAAAUACUUGUCAAGAGGGAAAUUCAGGUUUAGCAAAUUUAUUAUGUUUAAUAACGGGUAAGGGACCGUUAAAAGACUUUUAUACUGCUAUUAUAAAGUCGAAGAAUUGGAAUUAUGUUAAAAUUAUCAUGCUAUGGUUGGAAAAUGAUGAAUAUCCUAAAUUAUUAGCUUGUGCAGAUCUUGGAAUAUGUCUUCAUACAUCCUCCAGUGGAUUAGAUUUACCAAUGAAAGUAGUGGAUAUGUUUGGAUGUGGUCUUCCUGUUUGCGCAUAUCAUUUUCCAUGUUUAUCAGAAUUGGUGAAACAUGAUAAAAAUAGUUACGUUUUCUCAGACGAACAAGAACUAGCUCAACAGUUGAAAUCAUGGUUUUAUUUAUUUCCCGUUAAUGAGUCAAUAGCAAAAACUCGUAAAAAAUUUCAAAACGAAUUAUUUAAAUUUCAAGAGCUUCGUUGGCACGACAAUUGGCGUCAAAAUGUGUUAAAUUGUUUCAAAUAAUUUUUUUUCUCUUUUUUAUAUCUUUAACAAAAUGUUAUUAUAUUUAUUUAGAUUAA